AAAACGAGUAUUCACCAGAAACAGAGCUCUAGGUCACCAGAAACAGAGCUCUAGGCAAGCAAAAGAGGGAGAGAGCAUGGAAAGCGCGUCCAACUACAAGGAAGAAGAACCAGAGACAACCAUGUGGUCCCAGAAAGCAUGGGCCCUACUAUCCACAGUUCGAUCCCAAUCACCACUCAUCCAAUGCAUCACAAACUUCGUGUCGAUGGAUCUGAUGGCGAACACUCUCUUGUCCGCGGGCGCAUCACCCGCCAUGCUCCACACCUUAGAAGAACUCCCGGAAUUCACUCCUCAGGUCCACGCGCUCUGCGUCAACGUGGGCACACUUUCCGCCGGCUGGCUACCGGCCAUGAAGCUGGCCGCUGAACUGGCACAUAAGUCCGGUAAGCCUUGGGUUCUCGACCCAGUUGCCGCCGGUGCCUCCAGUUUCCGGUUAAAGGCUUGCUUGGAGCUUGUGGAGCUUAAGCCUACUGUUAUCAGGGGAAAUGGGUCCGAGAUUAUCUCCCUCGCCAAGGCUUCUGUGGAACCCACCAAGGGUGUAGACAGUUCCCAUGAGUCAACAGAUGCAGUAGAGUCAGCAAAGUCACUGGCUCAAGCCAGUGGUGCCAUAGUGGCAGUUUCGGGGGCUGUUGAUAUUGUUACAGAUGGGAAGAGAGUUGUUGGUGCUCACAAUGGGGUUGCCAUGAUGACAAAGAUAACAGCAACAGGGUGUUCAGUCACUGCCCUCAUUGCUGCCUUUGUUUCGGUUGAUCAAUCACAUGUAUUGGAAGCUACAGCUUCGGCGUUAUCGGUAUUUGGGAUUGCUGGUGAGAUGGGAAUGAAAAUGGCAAAUGGUCCAGCGUCAUUGCGGAUGCAUUUGAUAGAUUCACUCUACGGGAUUGAUGAAGUGUGUGUGCUUUCUCAUGCUAAAAUCACCAGCUUGUCGUGAACAACGAGGAGCUGUAUGCGUGGUAUUGCUCUUAAUAUAGAGGAAAUGGGCACAUGGAGUGGUUGAGGCUACUCCAAAAUCAGGAGGUGAAGUUGUUGGAUUAUCUUAUUUGUAGGAAUCAUUUGAAUUUUGUUCUAGGUGAAUUAGUUAUUGAUCACAGAUGGCUUACAGAAGUGGGUUUGUUGUAUUGUAUCAUUGGUUCCACAAGACUAGUUAAAUGAACUG